CGCCCUGACAGCGCGCGGGCCGCGGGGGCCACGCACAACGAAACGGUUUCGUGAUCGGAGCGGACGUACGGGAAACGGAGAACGCCAACGCUGAAAGUAACGCGACGCGGCGCAGCGGUGAACGUCGAGGAAGUCGCGGCCGAUCGUCGAACGGCAACGGGAAGACACGUCCCCUCGUCCGCGCGCGAUUGUCGCGCGUCGUCGCUGCACGCUACCCGUAUAGGUUAUAGUACGCACGGAGACGCACACGCUUGGGGAUUAAUUAACCGACCGGGAGGAGAGACAGAAGGCGAGAGGAAGAGAGAGUAAAGCUCAAUCGCUGCGCGAUCGCCGUUUAAUUAUGACGACCGUUGAUCCGGACAACGAUAUCGAGAAGCUGCCGCAUAUACAGUGGAACAAUGCGGCGACACCCGGGCCAUCCGGCUGCAUGUUCCCUGGCGAACUGACACCGUUGGAAUGCCAAAUUGCCGGUCAUCCCUUCAAUGGCGAAAAACAGACUAUCGGAAUGCUAAUCUGCAGACGGACUGGUCACGUGUUGAAACCGGCGACUAAAGCGAUCCUUGGAGAGAGAGAAAUUGCAUUCUACGAGAACUUGAAGAAUUCUCAGGAUCCUGUAGUAAUGGAAUUAAAAAAAUUCGUUCCGCGUUAUUAUGGUACAACGGAACUACGUGUCUUUAAUAACCGUACGAAAUUCCUCAUGCUUAAGAAUAUCACAAAGAACAUGGCCGAGCCAUGUGUGAUAGAUAUCAAGAUCGGUUUUCGCACAUGGGAUCCUUUAGCUACACCAGAGAAGAGGAGAACGGAGGAACUCAAGUAUGCCGAAUCAAAGCGUACUUACGGUUUUUGUAUAACAGGUUAUCAAGUAUAUUCCGUCUUAUCUGGACAAUUAAGGAAAUAUGACAGAGAUUAUGGCAAGCAACUCGGUGUUGAGGGCGUCGUGGAAGCGCUGGAAAAUUUCUUGAACAUAAUACCUGGGAAGCCAGCCUGUCGACGAUUGGUCUCUGAAAUCUUAACAUACCUGUACAAUAUCGAACGAUUCUUCAGCAUGCAGCGGAAAUACUGCUUUUAUUCAAGCUCGCUUCUGGUCACCUACGAUGCUCAACACUUGCGACAGCACUGUCCAUUGAAAGAUGACAAUCCUAUUACUCAUUCAGUGUCGAAAUUCGAUAAAGAAAUGAUAAGUGAAUCAGUUCCUUGUACACCCGAAACAUACCAGAAUUUAUCUGGCACAAACGAAUUAACGUUUAGCUCGAGAAUGAAGAAAAGCGUAAGCGAGCCCGUGUCGAUGCCGUGUGAGCAGGUACCUGAUCAGAGCAGUUCCCAUAAUUUAAAUGCAGAUCGGUUAUGUCAGUCCGACUCGAGUCAAUUCAUGCAUUCGUGCACAAAUGACGUCACAAAGGACGAUGUUCCAGUGGACAAAUGCAAGUGGGUCAAAGUGAAGAUGAUCGACUUUACACAUGUCUUCCCAGGGGAGAAUAAUGAUUUGGAUCGAAAUUAUCGAGAUGGCCUCAGGAUGCUAAUCCGGCUCUUAAGUCUGUUCAAGAAGAGCGAUUGCGUGCAUUAGUUGUUCCCCUUAUCGAAGAAUGUAUUACUUGUGACGAUGUUCCCGGAAGUGAACGGAGAAAAGAUUAGAGAGGAUAAUUCAGACAAAGAUAUGUUGAUACGGCGAUGUGUCAUCCAUGUUAUCAGAUCAGAUAUCGAGGCGACAUAUCGGAAGAACAUGAUAAAUCAGUAGCGACAAUGAUCAAUCGUUCAGGCUAAGAGAGCUGCUCAUCUGCUAUUACGAUAUAGCUCUUUGGAGAAAAGAAAAGGAUUGCGAAGAAAUGCAGAGAGGCAUUUCGUAUCAAAUGUAAAGGCCGGAAAAACUGCAAUUUGAUGAAACUUCAAACAACAUAUUUUCUCAGUAAUAACUUAUUAUGGAGUGUGAAGUGAAUCACAGAACCUCUUUCACAAGAUUGGAAAAGCAAAGAUACAAUGAGAAAAGCAAAUCUAAUCGGGCAUAUGAUCGAUUCUGAAACUAAUUUUACAAAAAUGUCUUCUCUAGGAUAAAAUAAACUAAUUAAGACUUUUAUACUUUGCCAAAAGAAUUGCGAUGCGAUGUAUAGGGUAUCUAGAAGUUUCGUACAUUUGACUUUUCGCGUUUGUUGUGCGAAGGUUUUACAGAUUUCGAACAACAAGGAAACAAAGGGUGGUCUCAUUCUAAAUGUCUGACUACCGAGUAACGAGACUUUCAUAUUACGACGACAAUAAGUCGCACUUUGUAAACAUACACACGUACAUGCGCCGUACUGCACAGUGGCGAGAAGUUAUUUAAUAAUACCAUUACUAACUUUGCCAUGUUACAUAUAUUUAUGUUACUCGCAUUACGCGGUGAAAAAAGUGCAGAUUAUUGUAAUUGUAACAACAGCAAUAAAACGAUUCUGAUGUAAAGUG